AGGGCAUGGUGAAAAGGCAAUCCUGCAGUUUUCGUUGCCCGGAAUCCAGUUCCUCUUCUAUGCAGAGAAUAGUCAAAACAUGAAAGCGGUUAUGCAGCACUGCCGUUCAUAACGCGUAGGUAGGCUACGGGCUAGCCACUAGCCUCAUCGUGGCAGCUGAAGCUGAGUUGCUAGGGUACUCCGACCCUAGCGGUCUGCGCCAGGUGUAUGUGAGCCGCCAGGGUGAUCUAGGCUGCCCUUAUGGAUCAUUUCAAUGGAUGCCUUCAAACCCCCUUUUAAUAACACAUCGAGAACAGCCGGGUGCGUUUCCCAGCCGCCGAAUGCAGAGAGGGAGGUUUCCUGCUGGCCAGCUCCACAGACCCCCGAGAAUGGUACCGCGGCUGCCCCGGUUUCAGGACAAGCCGUCUCGGGGUACUGGACGGCUGUCUUCGACUACGAUGCCAGUGCGGACGACGAGCUCAGCUUGCGCAAGGGGGACCUGGUGGAAGUCCUAUCGAAAGAUUCGCUUGUGUCGGGAGACGAGGGUUGGUGGACAGGAAUGAUAGAGGACCGUGUUGGUAUUUUCCCCUGCAAUUACGUUAGUAGCGGGAAUGCCAUCUCUGAAAAGAUACGGGACAAGACUGGGGAAGAUUACGCCGACUACUCCGUACCAUCAUUGCACUUGCUGGAGAUAGACUUCUCGGAGCUCACCCUGGAGGAGAUCAUCGGCGUGGGCGGGUUUGGGAAGGUGUACCGGGCGCUGUGGCGCGGCACGGAGGUGGCGGUGAAGGCGGCCCGGCGCGACCCGGACGAGGAGGAGGGCCAGACGCUGGACAGCGUGCGGCAGGAGGCCAAGCUCUUCGCCAUGCUGCAGCACCCCAACAUCAUGGCGCUGCUGGGCGUGUGCCUGCACGAGCCCCACCUCUGCCUGGUGAUGGAGUUCGCCCGCGGCGGCUCGCUGAACCGCGCGCUGUCCGGGAAGCGCAUCCCGCCCCACACGCUGGUGGACUGGGCCGUGCAGAUCGCCCGCGCCAUGCUCUACCUCCACUGCCAGGCCAUCGUUCCCAUCAUACACCGCGACCUCAAGUCCAGCAACAUCCUGAUCCUGGAGAAGGUGGAGAAGGAGGACCUGAGCAGUAAGACCCUGAAGAUCACGGAUUUCGGCCUGGCGCGGGAGUGGCACCGCACCACCAAGAUGAGCGCGGCGGGGACCUACGCCUGGAUGGCACCCGAGGUCAUCCGCUCCUCCACCUUCUCCAAGGGCAGCGACGUGUGGAGUUAUGGGGUGUUGCUGUGGGAGCUGCUAACGGGGGAGGUGCCGUUUCGGGGGAUUGACGGCCUGGCGGUGGCCUAUGGGGUGGCCAUGAACAAGCUGGCCCUGCCCAUCCCCUCCACCUGCCCCGAGCCCUUCGCCCGUCUGAUGGAAGACUGCUGGAACCCCAACCCCCACGGCCGCCCCACCUUCGUCUGCAUCCUGGACCAGCUGACGGCCAUCGAGGAGUCCGGCUUCUUCGAGAUGCCGGCCGAGUCCUUCCACUCCCUGCAGGAUGACUGGAAGGUGGAGGUGCAGGAGAUGUUCGACCAGCUGAGGGCCAAAGAGAAGGAGCUGCGGUGCUGGGAGGAGGAGCUGAGCCGGGCCGCGGUGCAGCAGAAGAGCCAGGAGGAGGCGCUGCGGAAGCGCGAGCAGGAGCUGGCCGAGCGGGAGAUCCACAUCCUGGAGCGCGAGCUCAACGUGAUCAUCCACCAGCUGUACCAGGAGAAGCCGCGCGUGGAGAGCCGGCAGGGCAAGUUCCGCCGCAGCCGCCUGAAGCUGAAGGACGGGAACCGCAUCAGCCUGCCCUCUGACUUCCAGCACAAGAUCACAGUCCAGGCCUCGCCCUCCGUGGACCGCCACCGGAGCGGCUCCAGCCCCCCCACCACCCCGCCAUUACUGCCCCGUCUGAGGGCAAUACAGCUCACUCCGGGCGAUAGCGGGAAGGCGUGGGGUCGGAACGCCGCUUACCAGCAGGAUGAGGAAGAGGAGAGGAAAGGGUCCCGGAAGAAAGGGCGAAACUGGGGCCUCCGUGAGCAACACAGCGGGGAGGAUGGCGGUGUGAAGACCGUGCCGGAGGGGUGCAGACAGCGCUCCUCCAGCGCCCCAAACCUGCGGCGGUCUCCCCGACUCAGCCCCGCCGUCCCGGGAGUGCCCAGCCUGGCGGAGAUGGAGAACGAAGACAGCAGCCACAGCCCGGAGCUGGACGACUCGCCCAGCCAGUCGUACCUCUGCAUCCCCUUCCACCGGGAGGGCAGCUCCUCAGAGGGGAACGGCGGGGAGCAGGGGGUCCCCCCUGUCCCGGAGACGCCCCCCAGCUGCUCCCGGCGCAGCCCGGGCGGGGGCCGCAGGUCGGAGCUGGUCCUGCUGGGCUGCGGGGCCCUCCUGGCCGCCGUGGGGCUGGGGUUCGACCUGCUGAGCCUGGCCCGGCCGGAGGAGAGCAGCCGGCCGCGCUGGGAGGGGCUGUUCCACCGGAGCGGGGGCCAGAGGCGCAGCACCAGCCCCCCCGCGCGCCGGCUGUUCCGCAGGGAGAGCCCCCUGCGGCCCCCGGCUCCCCUGCCCCCCUCCCUCACCCUCCUCUCCCUCUCCUCCGUCUCCGACUGCAACUCCACCCGCUCCCUCCUGCGCUCCGACAGCGAGGAGCUGCUGGUGUACCGCCCCGCCUCCCCCCCGCCCAGGACCCCGCCCCGCACCCCGCCCUUCCCGCUCAACCCCCUGGUGAACACGCACCUGGAGAGCUUUAAGAGGCACCCAAGGCAGUCCCUCACCCCCACACACAUCCCCUUCGCCCCCAGCACCGCCUCCCGCUGCCUGCACCGCACCCCCUCCGACGGGGCCAUCAAGAGGGGGUGUCCCCUAAAUAACCUGCACCCCCUGCCGGUGAAGGGGGCUGAAAAUGCAGCUCUGAGCCCUAAGGGACAAAAGGACGACGUCACCGAGGUGCCCCGUUUGCCCGACCCCAAUCUGGUGUUCCCCCCCACGCCCCGGCGCCGCUGCCCCCCGGAGCGGCCCAAGACCCUGGACUUUGUGGCCCGGCCCCGGCCCUGCCCCCGCGCACGCUGCGACGCCUUCUGGGGCGAGUCCCCCCGGGGCCACACCUCCAGCACGGAGACGCCCCCCACCCUGGACUUCGGGGGGGACGCCGGGGUGCCCCCGACCCCGCUGGGGCCCCCCGCGUCCGGCUCCCCCCGCCGGUGCGGGAGCCUCCUGGACGAGCGGGACGAGGGCCAGUGCCGGGACGGGACUCGGCCCCUCUGCAGACCCGAAACCAGGCCCAAAGACUCGCCCUAUCGGCCCCGCCCGGGGUUCUGGUCCUAG